AUGCCCCAUAAAAGAAUCAUCGUAUGCUGCGACGGGACUUGGAAUAACAGCGAUGGAGUCGGCCAAGUCCCUACGAAUGUUGCAAAGCUCGCCCGGUGCAUCGACGCCGAGGCUGAGGUCAUGCAAGGCGAAGAGAAGGUCCAGAUAAAACAGAUUGUGUACUAUCAACAUGGCAUCGGUUCAGUCGCCGGUCGGAUCUUUGGUCCCAUUGAAAACGCCAUUGAAGGAGCUACUGGCAGAGGAGUCCGUGAGAACAUCAUGCAGGCAUAUCAGUUCAUCUGCCUCAAUUAUCAGCAUGGAGAUGAAAUAUUUCUCUUUGGCUUUUCGCGAGGCGCUUUCACCGCCCGAAGUAUAGCACAUUUGAUUUGGACCAUGGGUUUGCUCAAUCACCGUGGCUUGGUCCAACUGGGUUCCAUUUUCGAGCAAUGGGAGAGACAAAACGAGAAGGAGAAAGUCCAGGGAGCUCUCGAUGACGACCGAGAAGUCAAAGACUACUUCCGAAAUCUCCUGCACAAAGAAUGGACUCGGCCUUCCAUCCCCAUCAAAGUCUGCGCUGUUUGGGAUACUGUGGGCUCGCUGGGCCUGCCACGCCCCUUUUUCCUUCCACAGCCCGUAUCCAAGCGACUGGCUUUUGUUAACACCAAAGUCCUCCCGCAUGUCGAAUACGCCUUCCAAGCCCUCGCGCUUGACGAGCGCCGAAGACAGUUCAAGCCCACUCUCUGGGAGAAGCCCGAUGGUCAGAUAUUUCCUAAAGUGCUGAAGCAAUGUUGGUUUCCGGGUUCUCACUCAGAUGUUGGCGGCGGGCUCAAAGACGAUGAGGCUGCUCGAGUUCCUCUGGCCUGGAUGCUGAGCCAGCUUGAUGGCCUUCUCAAUUUUGAUCCUCUGGCAGUCGGGCAGUUCAUGAGAGGAAAGGGGCCUUCUCCAAGCUUCAUUGGUCGAAUCCACAAUUCCAUGAGGGGCCUAUUUCUCCUCGGUGGUUCUUACUACCGCGUCCCGGGGACGUUCACAUCGUUGGAUCCUGUCAGCCGCGAACCAACACCAAAUCGUCUUAGAAACACUUACGAAACAAUUCACUGGACUGCUCGCCAACGCAUGUCUCAGAAUAUCGACAACUAUGACAAAGCUGGUCUUGUCGAUUUUACGAUGAAAGCAGUGAUGACUGAACCAGACAGUCCUAUUGUACACGAUGCCGAAAACAAAACGCACCUACCGUUACCCCAAGGCCCGGGCAGACUGACCGCUGUUCAAUGGGUGAGUGAGAGACACAAAGUAUCUUUGAUGGAAGACGAGAUGAGAUCCUUUGAACAAAAAAUUCUCCAACUCUGGGACAUGCAAGACUUGUAUGCUAUGACCGUGGACUCGGACAAGAAAGGAAGCCUAGAGACACAGGAGAGCGAUGACGAUGUGACUGAGGCCACUGCUGAGCGAGUGCAGAGGCUGAGCAAUGAUCGAAAAAGAACGACGGUUGAUGUGUCAGCAAAUACCCCCGAGGACCUGAGGGUGAGUUCGGCAUUGAGAAGGGAAACUGCUUGA